AAAUUAAUUUAAUAUUGUAAAAACUUUUCAAAUAAAAAAAAAAACAAGUAUUUAAAAAUAAACGUAGUAUAAAAUACAAUCACACAAGAAAAGUAAAGCAAAGCACUACUCCAACUCCAUGAUAAAAUUCGGAGUAUUUGUGUAAAAAAAAAAAGAAAAAAAAAAAAAAAAAAAAGAAAAAAAAAGAGGAUGGAAGUCAUAGGGAUGAUUAGGCAGUCAAAAGAAAUGCGACCCACUUAUUGGUACCCUCUCACUCUCACACUCUCAACUCGUGUCGGCUUCCCUUAAUUAAACACAAACACACACCCCCAUAUAUCCUCUCUCUUUUGUCAUCCAAUCCACUUCACAUUCUCUCUCUCCUCCCCCCAACAAUUACAAUACUCAUUUUCUCUCUCCUCUUUUACUUUCUCUCUCUUCUUUCCUUAUUACAGGAAUAACAAACAGUACUUCUAAACUCACUAACAAACACAUUAUUAUCAUUCAUACACUCUAAUGGAGUACGAACGUAUUCACAAACCUCAGACAGGUAUUAUAUCUCCAAGUAAAUUAUCUCCUAGUAAAUUGAGAGCAAAGUUAAUGGGAGUAUCUAUUCAAAAGAAAAAAGAUGGGUCAAAUUGUAAUUCCUCUAGAACAUCUCCUUCAAAACUUGAAGAUUCCGAGUUUAACAACAGCUUGCUUUCCUCCAAUAAUGAUGCUGAUUCUUAUGAUUCAGUAACAGUUGUAACCCAAGACCCCCAACGAAAACUGAGUGGCCAAAUGAUUUCAAGUUCGUUACAGAUUCAGAAUCAUUGCUCACCAAGAGAAAACAUGGAUUCGAGUCAUGUUAAGGUGCAGCAAUUGGCAAGAAGUGAUAGCAUCAAUUCGAGUGCAGUCCACCCCAUAAAAUGUAAUGAUGACGAGAAUCUUGAUUAUGACAGUAAUGCUAGUUCGUCGAGCUUUGAGUUCCAUAAAGGGGAAAGAAUGGCACAUAGAUCCUUAACGCGGUCACUCUCUAGGCCUACAUCAUACAAGUGGAAUGAUGCUGAAAAAUGGAUAAUGAGCAAGCAAGCAGGUCAGGGUAGUCAAUCAAAGAGCCUUAGCUUGCAAAAUGGAGGGCACCGCGUGUCAGGAAUGAAUAUGGUUAGAGUGGUUCCAGAGGCUGCUAGCUUUGAAUACCGUCCAAAUCCUAAAAUGCCAGAAAUGAAGCGCGUUGAUUUUUGUCACCCUACAAGUCAGAUGAGCUUGGAUAAGCUCAAUCCGGCUCACCCUGGGUUGCAAUCUGUUCCGGUUCAAUCAAAUGGUAUAAACAUUCCUGUAGACUUGUAUACUCGAAGCAAGGAUCUAAGGGAAGUUGACAAUGUGGUGAAUUCAGCUCAUGAGGUUCCUGGUGGCCCUGCUAUUAGAGAGAUUUCAAUGAGGGACAUGGGAACAGAAAUGACGCCAGUCACGAGUCAAGAGCCUUCAAGGACAGCCACCCCAAAUGGGUCUUUAACCCCACUUCGCAGUCCCACAUCAUCCAUUCCAUCAACUCCUCGAACAGGAGAACCAGUGUCUACUCCGGUGGAACGUACAUCUGAUAAUAAAACACGACAUCAAACUGAGAAAACCGAUAAAGAGUUGUCAGAACAAGAGCUGAAGCUUAAGACAAGGAGAGAGAUUGUAGCCCUUGGUGUUCAGCUUGGCAAGAUGAAUAUAGCUGCUUGGGCAAGUAAAGAUGAGAAAGACAAAAGCUCUUUGCCUUUCAAUGACCCUGAGGAACUUGAACAUAUUGAAAAUGAGAAACGUGCUGCCGCAUGGGAAGAGGCUGAAAAAGCAAAGCAUGCUGCAAGGUACAAGCGCGAGGAAAUCCGAAUCCAAGCUUGGGAGAGUCAACAAAAAGCGAAAUUGGAGGAAGAGCUGCGAAGAAUAGAGGCAAAAGUUGAGCGACUGAGAACGCACUCUCACGCAAAAAUGAUGAAAAAAGUUGCCAUGGCUAAGAAAAAAUCAGAAGAAAAACGACUAGCAGCUGAAGCCCAAAAAAAGCGUCAUGCAGAAAGAACUGCAGCACAAGCAGAAUACAUCAGGCAGACAGGUCGGAACCCACCAUCCGAAUAUAUAUGUUGUGGUUUGUUGAGAUAAGAAAUAGGAAUUAGAUUAGUAUAAAUAUUAGGGAGAAGAAAAUUGCUCCCUAACAUGAUCAUUAAAGUAGAUAAUCUCUUUGAAUCCAUACAAUCUUUUUUUUCCCCCUAAUUAUAAAUGGGUGUUUGUUUAGUUAUA